CUGAAAUGUAGAUGAGGCCCAUUACCAGGGAGCACAGUUACAAACUUCUGCCGUUCAAAAAGGCUCAGAAGAGGAUGGGCUUGAGACCAAUGCUAAGCUAACUGAUACCACUAGACAGCGUUAGGUUUUCAGCUAUGCCACGAAAACGGACCAAAACAAGUUGUAGAAAGAGUGGAACUUUAGAGAGAGGUCCAUAGUGAACGGUAUCCAACGCGAUGACUUUGUAACUAUUAAAUGUGUUUGAAAUAUCACUUGGGAAAAACUUUGCUAUCGUUAUCGGAAGCUACGUGGUUUAGCAGGGUUAGCUUGCUGUUAAACAUCAGGAGGACUUUCCAGAAGAUUUUUGUUUUGACUCCUAGACACUCUACAGCUAAGAGAAACAGCUUUAAAUCCGAAUGUGAACUUGUGAACAAGAAACUACAAGAAAAACAACCAGCGAGUCGACUGUUUGUGUAUAAUGUCAGCUGUCACUAAUACAUUUGAAAAUGUGAAAGCAGUUAUCUUAUCAGCUCAUAAGAGCACCACAUCAGCAGAAAAGGUCAACUUCUACAACUCCUGGGCAAAGAACUAUGAUCAGGAUGUGGCUGUCCUGGACUACCGUGCACCAAGCCUGGCAGCAAACAGCAUCUCCUCCCAUUUCAGCGGCGACCGUGAUGCAGCUGUCGUGUUGGAUGUGGCCUGUGGUACAGGACUGGUGGCCAAACAGAUGAAGAGACAUGGAUUUUGUCAUUUUGUGGGUAUUGAUGGAAGCGAGGCAAUGUUGGAGUCGGCCAGAGAGAGCGGGCUGUACAAGGAUCUGAAGCAGUGCAUGCUGGGAGAGGAGCCACUACCUGUCCAGUGGGGUUACUUUGAUGUAGUUGUGAUCGUUGGAGCACUGAGUGUUGGUCAGGUCCCGGUUGGUGCAGUCAGAGAGUUCUGCAAGUCCACCAAACCAGGUGGCUACGUUUGCAUGACAACCAGAAGUAACCGUGACAAUGUGGACUACAAAGCCGCCCUGGAGCGUGAGUUGAAGCAGAUGGAGGAAGAGGGGCUCUGGACAUGUGUAGAAGUAGCAGAGGUGGAUGACUGGGAGAGAGCGGUGUCAGAGCUUGAGGACGGCUACAUAUCUGGUGCAGUGUACCUGUAUAAGAAAAUGUAGCACAGUGCAUUACAAUGUAGAUGUGACAUCACACCAGCAAUUCAAAGCAGCAUUAUGCGAGAAGAUGCAAAAUAUGACUUACAUUGCACUUCAAAAAUGAGGUUUUGACACUUUCAGUCUCUUAAACACCCAAAGUUGAAAAUGUGAACCUGCACUUGCGGAUGCAAAUGUAACACUUGAAAUAUUCAUGACUAAAUGUUUGAAUUUUGAAUGUUUAACAAUGUCCAUGUUACAUGCAUAGGAAUGUUGCAGUGAAAUUGGUAUUGGAAAAAUGCUUUUUGUCCUCUUCAUAAACAGAUACAGAUGUACAGUAUUGUGUGGAUAUGUAGUAAAGUCUUCCUAAUAGAAAGUGAUUGCAUAAACAAGAGAAAUGUGUAAUAAAUGAAGGUGUAACUAUG